AUGUCCUUUGCUGAUAUCAGGAGUAUUCGUCAGCCGGUGGUGAAGGUCUGUGGCUUGCAGAGCACGGAGGCCGCCAGGCGUGCCCUGUAUUCAGACGCAGACUUGCUGGGCAUCAUAUGCGUGCCCAAUAGGAAGAGAACGGUCGAUCCGAUUGUAGCCAAAGAAAUUUCGGAUCUAGUAAGGGAAUACAGAACGAGUACGGGUACUCCGAGAUAUCUGGUUGGUGUUUUCCGUAAUCAAUCCAUGGAGGACGUCUUAAAUAUAGUCAAUGAGUAUGGCAUAGACAUCGUUCAACUUCACGGCGAUGAGCCGUGGCAAGAAUACCAAGAUUUCCUCGGGUUGCCCGUUAUUAAAAGGCUUGUGUUCCCUAGAGACUGUGACAUACUACUGAAUACGCCUCCAGAGAAAUCCCAUCUGUUUACUCCCCUAUUUGAUUCGGAGGCCGGUGGGACAGGUGAACUUUUGGAUUGGAACUCUAUUUCAGAUUGGGCUACGAAGCAUGAAAAUUCGCAAUUCCUACAAUUCAUAUUGGCUGGUGGGUUGACGCCUGAAAACGUUAGUGAUGCGGUCCAGCUAAACGGUGUCAUUGGUGUUGAUGUAAGUGGUGGCGUGGAAACAGAUGGCGCAAAAGAUAUGAACAAAAUCACGAACUUUAUUCGAAAUGCAAAAAUAUGA